GUCUCUCUGUCUCUCUGUCUCUCUACUCUCACACACAGAGGGCAAUUGACUGACGCGGAAAACCACUGCAAUUGCAAAAUGGCGGAAUACAACAACGAUCCCGAGAAAAAUGACUCUCACGUCAUCACACGGACAAGCACUACUAUCGUCGGUGGCGAAGGCAAAACUAUCGAGAAGCAUCGUGUCACUGACAAGGUCGAUGAUCUCGCACAAGUCGAGGCUUCGAAAGGAUGGUUCCGCUCGGUACUCAAGUACGCCAGUUUCCUUCACGCCGAGGAGCGUGGCAUCGAAAGAGUCAGGGAGGAGGAUAGAGUCAAGCAAUCAGUCCUCGACGGGUAUACAAUGUGGGCAUCGGCCAAUUUUACUCCAGCAACCUUUGCCACUGGUGCUCUGGGACCGAUUUUUGGGCUGGGAUUCUGGGAUUCUUUUGCGGUCAUCGUUUGCAUCAACUGCUCCAUGGCCAUCGUCGUCGGAUUGUUCGGGUGCUUCGGUCCCAUCACCGGCUUGAGGACCAUGUCUGUCGGCCGGUAUGCCUUUGGGAUCUGGGGCACGAGAGCCUUGGUGAUCUUGAACAUCUGCGGCAUGGUCGGCUGGUCGAGUGUCAACUCCAUCGCUGGGUCUCAAGUCCUGCACGAACUGUCGGACGGCAAUUGUCCACUGUGGGCCGGAAACCUGAUCAUCGGCGUGUGCACGGCCGUCAUCUCCUUCUUUGGCUACUUCGCCGUGCACAUGUUUGAGCGCUGGUGCUGGAUCCCUCAGGUCGUCAUCUUCAUCUUCCUGGCCGGGUACGGCGCGAAGCACUUCGACGCGGGCGCGCUGCCCAUGGGCUCCGGGUCCAGGGAGGCCAGGAGCGUCAUGGGCUUCAUCGCCGUGCUGUACGGGUUCGUCGGGGGGUGGGCGCAGACCUCUGCAGACUACAACGUGCGGAUGCCCGUCAAAACGGACAAGACCAAACUGAUCCUGUCGAUCUGGGCCGGCAACUUUUUUGGUUGCUCAAUCCCCGAGAUCCUCGGUGCGGCCUUCAUGACGGCCGUCGCGGCAGACCCCAAGUUCGCAGAGGCUUACGACACCCGUGGCGUCGGAGGCCUCAUGGGCGAAGCUCUCCGCCCGAUUCACGGAUUCGGCAAAUUUUUGCUGGUCUUGUCGGCCUUGUCCAUCAUCGGGUGCAACCUGGUAAACAACUACAGUCUCGCAUUCACGUGCCAAAACUUCCACCCGAUCCUCAUGAGGGUCCCGCGCAUCGUUUGGAACGUGCUUGGCUCGGCCGCCUUCAUUGCCAUCGCCAUCGCGGCCGAAGACUCCUUUGAGGAGGUCCUCGAAUCCUUCCUGAGUGUCAUUGGAUACUUCCUGACCCCGUUUCUGUGCUGCACCUCGAUCGAGUACCUGUACUUCAGGAAGCGCAGGUUCCCGUUGGAAGACUGGAACAACAUGAAGGUGAUACCUUAUGGAAUAGCAGGUUUCUCGGCUAUUGCCAUGGGAUUUGUCGGAGCCGUACUAUCCAUGAACCAGACGUGGUACGUCGGUGUGGUGGCCAAAGCAUCAGGUGCGGAACUAGGGUGGAUCUUCAGUGGCAUCUUUGGAACACUUACCUUCGUACCCGUGAGAUAUCUGGAGAUGAGGUACACGGGGCGAUAGCUACACAUAUCCGAUAGAGUAUGAUUGGCAACAAGAGAAUGAUGGGAGACAUCACGCGUUGAGCGUUGAAUUGAUGAAAUUUCAGUUUGAACUAGGAACUCACAUCUGUGCUUGAGGACAGAUCGUGUCAAUUGCAAGACUUUCGACGGAGCUAGAAGGUGUUUCCGCUUCUGCAUGAUAUAGUCUGCAAUGCAAUAUGGCAAUCAUCAUUUAUUUGUGUGAAGGCAUCAGAUGAA